UAUUUGUACUCAAAUCUGUUCAUUAAACUGAAAAUUCUUGAUCAGUUGGACGAAACACUUCACGGUUUGGUUACUAUCAGAGCAUUUGCUAAUACUAACAGAUUUACUCGAGACAUGUAUCAUAAGUUAGACAUUAAUAACAAAAUCCAAUACUCGACGUCCGCAGUGCAGCAGUGGUUGAAUCUGCGGUUGCAGUUAUUGGGAGCUCUUAUAUCAUCGGGUGUUGCACUGCUGGCCGUAAGCCUACACUUCUGGUCUUAUCAGACAAUAGACUCGGGUUUAGUUGGAUUAGCGCUCGUAUAUUCACUAUCAGUGACUGGACUUUUGAACGGAGCGGUCCAGUCGUUCACACAGACAGAGAUGGAUAUGGUUUCAGUUGAAAGGAUUAUGCAAUACAUUAAUAAUAUAGAAGAGGAAAAGUCAAUAGAUGGUGAAGACCAGCAAAAUAUGGCUUCUUUAGAUCACUGGCCCAACAAAGGCAUCAUUUGCUUCAAUAACAUAUCAAUGCGUUAUCGUUUAGAUAUGCGUUUAGCGUUAGAAAAGGUUUCUUUCACUUCCAAUGCUUCAGAAAAGAUCGGAAUUAUAGGUCGCACUGGUUCCGGCAAAUCCAGUCUAUUUCAGGUCUUAUUCCGAUUGGUUAACGUAGAAGAAGGAAAUGUAACCAUUGAUGGCAUCGAUAUCUCCAGUUUGAGUCUAAAGAAGUUAAGGGGCCAGACUCUUGAGUGUAAUUGUACCUUGUCCAAACUAUUCAUUAUACCUCAGGAUCCGUUUCUAUUUAGUGGUUCAAUAAGGGAUAAUCUAGAUCCUCGAAGUCAAUACUCUGAUAAUGAGAUUUGGCAUUCGCUUAGAGAAUGUCAUUUGGAGUCUCUCGUUCUAAGUCUCGGCGGUUUGAGUGCAAACAUAAGCGAAAGGGGACGAGACCUGAGUUGUGGUCAAAGACAACUACUUUGUUUGGUGAGGGCUUUGCUCACGAAGACAUCGGUGCUCUGUGUGGAUGAGGCGACCGCCAGCAUUGACUCCAACACUGAACAACUGAUUCAACAAACGCUGACAAAUGUGUUCAGUUCUGCGACCGUUCUGUUUGUCGCCCAUAAGAUAGAGUCUGUUCUCAAUUGUCACCGAAUUAUUGUUAUGGACGGCGGAAGGGUCGCCGAAAUUGGUUCACCAGAUGCUCUCAUGAUUUUAGCCAAAAAGCAGUUCACAUCAACGACUAAUGGAGUUUCAAAGCUCUUAAGAGUAUACCUGAGGAAGGCCGUCGUCUACAUUGAACACAUCGGACGAGAAUCUAUUGAUGAUUCGGCCAAAAGCGGUCAAAUCAAAGAAGAGAACCCGAGCUCGAAAUAUUUUCAGCAAUAA